UUUUCACCCCGUUUCCAACUCAAGUUGCAUCAACCGAAUACAUUUCCACGCCUUCUCGUUUGAUACGGAGAUCUGUAGCUAGUCUUCGGGGGCUUCACUGGCUCAAUUCGAUAUGGAGGAAAAUGCGGCGGAAAUUUGCGGUGAAUUGGCGCGAUUCCAAGCUUCACGCUCAGCAGCGGGUAACGCCUCACCGGGGAAUUCGGCUCCAGCUCCUCCAGCCAGCGACACCGGGGCGGACGCCGGAGGUGAGGCACCUGUCAACCCCCGGAAGAGAAAAAAAGCGUCAAGGGCUUGCGACUUCUGCCACGUCAACCACCAGCCGUGCGACAACGGUAAGCCGAAAUGCAGUGUGUGCACCAAGCACAACAAGCCGUGCUUGUACCUCCGCCCGACUAAGAGGCGUGGCCCGCAGAAAGGCUACCGCACUGCUCUCAACACCUUCAGAGAGAGUGCGGCUGCCUGGGGCGCCGUCCUCGGCGCCAUUCCGGGCCUCGACGCCCUGAUCGAGGGCCAUUUGCGCGCUAACGGCGGCAAGGCCAUCAUCGCCUCGAUCAAGGACUCGAAUCAGCAGGAUGCCUUGAUCACCAAAUGGCAGCAGAGCUCUGUCUUCCGAGCCUUCUUUGGCUACAACGGUAGCACUCCAGGACAGGCCCCGUUGGACGGCAGUGCGAUAGUUCCGUCACAAGAUGCCGAAGAUGAAGACGCCGGAGAUGACACGCCCUCCGUUAUUACAAGGCCCGCCAAGAGACUCUCGCAGCGACCUGCCAGCCAAAGGAGUCAGUCCGUGUCGAGCGGUGUUGCCCCGGACCCGAAGCUGCCACCAUCUCUUGAGUCGCACUUUCAACCCAGAGAUUUGCUCUCGGAUCUCGUUGCUAAAGAUGCAGCGCAGUCCGCUACACGAGCCUCGGAGACGCUGGCGUCGCUCGGUUUUGCGCCAGAUGAGACAAUCGCCGAUUUCUACAGCAUGGGGUCCAACCCGGAACCCAUCCCGGAGCCCCACGACCCUGAUUUCGACCCUUCCCUUGGUACCGAAGCCGAGCAACGGGCCUAUUAUGAGCUUCUUAUGGGACGGUCUUUCCCAGGGUAAACUCCGCCUCCGUUAUCGAGCCCAGGCGUGAGGCUAUGCAUUUCAUCCUUGAUUCCUCUUGGCCUAGGGAGUCCGGUGAGCAA